GGAGGGGGGGGGACUCCUGCAGAAGCCGCAGCUCGUCCUCAGUCUGCUCCGGACGUUUCCCCCCGUAAGACGCCAUCAUGGUCGACGCCUUCUGCGCCACUUGGAAGCUGGUGGACAGCGACAACUUCGACGAGUACAUGAAAGCUCUGGGUGAGUGGGGGCCGCCUUCCAUCCGGGUCCCCUUUUCAUUCCCUUCACUCACAUCUAACCCCCCCCCCCUCCCUCCCUUCUUCUCUCCCUGGUCAGGCGUGGGCUUUGCCACCCGGCAGGUGGGCAACGUCACCAAGCCGACCGUCAUCAUCAGCCAGGACGGCGACAAGGUGGUGGUCCGCACCCAGAGCACCUUCAAGAACACGGAGAUCUCCUUCAAGCUGGGGGAGGAGUUCGACGAGACCACCGCCGACGACAGGAGCUGCAAAUCCACGGUGACCAUGGAGGGGGACAAGCUGGUCCACGUCCAGAAGUGGGACGGCAAGGAGACCAAGUUCGUCAGGGAGAUCAAGGACGGCAAGUUGGUCAUGAAUCUGACCUUUGAGGACAUCCACGCGGUGCGCAGCUACGAGAAGGCCUGAGAGCCUGAGAGCCUCCCGGCCAGGAAGUGCUGAUUGUAUUAAUUAUUAUUGACUGUACGCUUCUCUUUGCACUUCAUCCUCCUCGGCAUGAACGUCUUUUUUUUACACGUGAAAACAUUUCCGUCGUCAUGAAUUGAUCGUCUUUGUAACCCUGUGUGAAACAAAAAAAAAUAAAGAAAACACAGAGCCAA